AUGGCCAAAGUGAAGCUCCAAAUUACAACCGGUGGACGUUACUAUAUACGGUUCUUUAUGGAAGGUCACACCCAUUUGAUGGUUCCUGGUCCCACUCGUCAUUUGAUGCCUAGCAAUAGGGAAGUUGGGAAAAUUCCUCAGAUGCUCAUUGUGUCUGGUAUAAAGGCGAAUAUUGGUCUGAUGCGUACUUUUCGAAUGUACAGAGAAAUAGUCGGCAGUUAUGAAGAGGUGGGAUGUACUAGCAAUGACUUCAAGAAUUACGUUCGAGACUUGAAAGUAAACUUAAAGGACUCGGAUGCACACAUGUUGUUGGAAGCAUUUUUCAACAAACAGGAGUUGGGAUUAGGUUUCAGAUAUUUUCAUGAUAUUGAUGAACAACAAAAAAUGCGACGUUUGAUUUGGAUCGAUGAACUCGCAGUUAAGAACUAUAAGUUAUUUGGUGAAGCUCUUUCAUUUGAUGCUACUUACUGCACAAAUAGGUACAAACUUAUAUUCACUGCAUUCACUGGGAUAGACAACUACGGUAAAUGCAUCUCAUUUGGCGCGGUUCUGAUAUCCCGUGAAGAUAUGGACUCCUACUCAUGGUUUUGCAUGUGGCACACAAACAUUAAGGUUACGGAGAAACUGCCUUUGAGACUGAGGGACGAUUCUAAUUUCAGAUCCAAGUAUGACAAAAUAGUUUGGUCUGAUCAUGAUGACCCUGAGGUAUUCGAAGAAAACUGGAAAGAUAUGAUAGAGGAAUACGAUCUUGCUUCUAAUAGAUGGCUUUCUGACAUGUAUGAGGAUCGCAUGUACUGGAUUCCGGCAUAUUUCAUAGACACCUUGUGUUGCUAUAUACUAACUAUUGCUAGUGUCGUCGAUGCUCAACGUCACAAUUAUCAUAAGUUGACUUUGGCGGAUAAGACUCGUUCCCCUAGGAUUCAUACCAAGCUCAAGCUUGAGGAACAUGCUGCAGCUGUCUACACGAAUUCAGUGUUCAAAGAGGUUCAAGAGGAGAUUCAAGCCUCAUUGAUUGGAUGCGAGUUUCGCAAGAUAUAUAUGGAUGGCGAUGACAAAAUAUACGAGGUUGAGGAUAACCUAGACGGGGAAUUCAUUGUUCGUCACAUACAUGAUGAAGACUACCUGGUGUGCAAUUGUAAAUUGUUCAUCCGUAAAGGUACGAUUUGCAAGCAUAUCUUUCUUGUUUUGAAAAAUAUGAAGUUUGAUAAGAUUCCUCAAAAGUAUAUUGUCAAGCGUUGGUGCAAGUAUAGCGUAAUUUACCCGGGUGAAGAUCAGUUUGUACAGCCAAACAUGAGCUCUGAAUUUCCACCAUCUGGUGAUUUUCGAUUUCUGAAGGUUGUUGGCGAAAUUAUUGGAUUUUUACAGGAGAGGAGAUUUAGUCAGUUUUAUGGUUCAGCGCCGAUUGAAAGUCCAACAGUUUUACCACCUGAUGUGGCAAAGACAAAGGGCAGCGGGGCUGGUGGUCGAAGGAAGUCUGAUAAAGAAAAGGCAUUUCUUCUUGCAGAUAGACCUUUAAGACUUUGCAGGAAAUGUAACACCAAAGGGCAUCACGAUUCAAGGAAUUGUCCAACUAAGGAUGCAUGUUCUUAG